AUAAGCGGAGAAACUGGCAAGCAACUUUCCUAUAAAGAAUUAGAAUGCAAAAUUUUACAAACGGCUGACUAUUUUACGAAACUGGGAGUGAAAAAAGGUGAUGUGGUGACUAUUUUUUCGCCGAAUAAUUUGGAUUUUCCGGCGAUUGUGUUGGGUUCGGUGUUCACCGGAGCAAUCUGCAGUCCUGUUAACAGUUUGUACACUGCAGAUGAGUUGAAAAAAACAGUUUCCUUGACAAAACCCAAGGUAAUAGUUACAACGUCACAAUUGAAAAAUACUGUCGAUCAAAUCUUACCCGAUUGUCCGUUUAUAAAACAGGUUUUGUUGAUUGGAGACCAGACAGACAACUUCCUUGGAAUGCACCACCUUGGUUCGGUAACAGACUUCAAGGAUGUCAACAUAGCAAUGGAUGAUGUUAUGACCCUGGCGUUUUCCAGCGGAACAACUGGAGCUCCGAAAGGAGUUCAGCAAACCCAUCGCAAUAUCGUUUACAACAUUCAACAAGCUAUACACACGGAAAGGCUGGACUACAUUGCAUGUGAUAAGCUGCUGGCUUUCCUUCCAUAUUUUCACUGUUACGGCUACGUAAUUAACAUGCUGUGUGGACUUACAGCUGGCCUCACUCAGAUUGUCAUCUCUAAAUUUGAUCCUAACUUAUUUUUCAAAUGCGUUAAGCAAUAUCACUGUUCCUACAUCUCUGCAGUCCCUCCCGUGCUACUGCUCAUGUGUCGCCACCCGACGGCCACCAGUACUACCUUAUCUCACGUCAGGAGGCUUUUGGUCGGAGCCACCACCCUCCCUCGCAACCUGAUCGAUGAAGUCAGGGUCAAGCUAAAUAAGGAUGCAAUCAUCAAACAAGGGUACGGCAUGACAGAGACAGGUCCUCUUGUGAGCAUAUCUCUGACAAGUUUGCCGAAAGAUGGAUCUGUCGGUCACGUUCUUCCUCACACUAAAAUCAAGGCUGUUGACGAAAAUAAUCAAGCUUUACCAAGGAACCGAGCUGGAGAACUAUGCAUCAAGGGCCCUCAGGUUAUGAAGGGGUACUUUAAAAACGCGGCUGCUGAUGCACAAACAUUCACUGAAGAUGGCUGGCUUCGAACUGGAGAUGUUGGGUUUGCUGAUUCUGACGGCUUCAUUUUCAUCGUUGAUAGAUGCAAAGACCUCAUCAAAGUCAAAGGAUUUCAGGUGGCACCCGCCGAACUGGAGUCCAUCCUGUUGAGCCAUCCAUUGGUAGCGGAUAGUGCAGUCAUCGGAGUUCCCGACGACCAACUUGGAGAGAAGCCUCGUGCUUACGUGGUCCUCAAGAAGGAUGGGUCGGUCAGGGAGGAGGAGUUGGUCAGAUUCGUUGCAGAAAAAGUGGCUCCAUUCAAACAGCUGAAGGGAGGAGUUCAAUUCGUCGAUCAGAUCCCAAAAAGUCCUACUGGGAAACUAUUAAAAAAAGUCCUCAGGGAAGCAGCUUGA